CGACUACUACUUUUUCAUUGGAAUAACAUCUAUAUAGAUAGGCCCGGAGCUGUCAGAGUGUCAGUGUUUUUUGAAAUGGUUUUUUCAUUUUUUCCAAAUCUCGUGCCUCGUAACGCUAGUCCUUCGUGGUUUCAAGCUGACAAGCCAAUUGACGAAGAAAGUGAACUUACGCAACUAGAACAGGAACAUCAAAUGUGGCUCAAUUCGGUUGCUACAAAGAACAGUGAUAUUUUGCCUAUAGGAAAAACUUCUUCUGAGCCUGUGGAGGAAGAUGAAGAUGAAGAAGAUGAGGAAGAACAUGAAGAUGAUGAUAGUGAAAGUCGGGAAGCUGAAGACAGUGAUAUAGACUCAUUUACUGCUAAUGGACCUAAUUUCAAUCGCGAUCUUGGCGAAGGUCCACCCAGACUUGCCAACCUCACUAUGGAUCUGAGUGAAUAAAAACCAAGCAAGGUUUUUCUUGAUUACUUUUGUAAAGUAUUUUUACAGCUAUCCAGCCCUAAUAAACUAGUUUGAUAUUUAA